AUGUCAAGGUCGAGUGAAACGGACCAGUCUAAUCUUCCAUCCCCAGACUCUCUCGAUGGUGAACCUCGCCAACCGCUUAUGCGCCAGAAGUCGUGGCAUUCCUACCACAUGGUAACGUCCCAAAUAUGCCACAGCUACCUCAGUGCCCUGCUGCUCCUAGUGCCGAUAGGGAUCGUCGCGGGUAUUCUUGGAUGGGCUGAUGACGCAGUUUUCCUUCUUAACCUCGCUGCGAUUGUCCCUCUUGUAUCAUGGAUGACCCUCUCCAUCAGCGAGUUGUCCGCGAGCGUCACACCUCUGAUCGACGAAUUGUUCAAGGCUACUUUGGGAAACGCCGUGGAGCUGACGGUGGGUGUCGCUGCGCUAGCUCGAGACCAAGUUCGAACCGCACAGUCCGCACUGCUUGGAAGCAUCCUUUGCUACUUGUUGCUCGUGCUUGGUAGCUGCUUCUUCGUCUCCGGCUACAACAAAAAGAAACUCGACUUCGAUCGAACACUGACUGGUAUCCUCUCUUCGCUCCUCAUGGCUGCUGCCGUGUGUCUCAUGGUCCCCACCGGUUUGAAAAUGUUUUUGGCGCCCGAUGUUUUCGCUCGGGUUGAUAUUACGCGCGUAACCCAUGGAACCGCCAUUGUCCUCUUCCUCCUUCUCUCGGUGUUUCUCUUAUUUCGACUCCGGACGCAUACCUCCUACUUCAAAGCUAUCCCCACUGGCGGCUCCACACAAAGUCCCCAGAUUGCUGCAGUCCGGUCCUGGCGUCCGGCUAUCAUUUUGGCCGCGAGCAUCCCAUCCGUUGCCCUGUGCGGCUUCUUUAUGGUGAGCAGCUUGAGCGGGUUUGCAAAAUCCACCAGGAUCAGCCAGCACUUUAUCAGCCUGGUCAUAAUUCCUCUCGUCGGAAACUCGGCCAAGAUUCUAAGUAUAGUAACCGUGGACCGGGAAGAUAGAGGAGCGUCGGGAAUCACAGCUGUGAUAAUCAAUGCACUCCGGAUAGCUCUGCUCGUAGUCCCCUGCGUCGCUUUUCUGGGCUGGAUCUUAGACGUCCCGACUGUUCUAGUUUUUGAUGCAUUCGACACUGUCAUCUUCCUGGUUUGUGUUAUGGUGACCACUUCCAUGGCUCAUCGUGGAGAAACCAAUUACUUUGAGGGACUGAUGCUGGUCGGAACGUACGUCCUCCUCCCUUGCUGA